GAGAACUGUUAUUGAGGAGAGAUCCAUUUGUUGGGAUGUAAUUUAAAAAGGAAUGAAUCAAGAUAAAAACUCUAAAUGCAAGCACCAGAAAAAUUACAAUACAUCUUGGUGAAUUUGCAAGUUGGAUCGUCUUUCCUUGUGGGUUGGCACGCAGUUGUAGGACUGCAAAAUGGGUCUCCGGAUUCACUUUGUUGUUGACCCGCAUGGUUGGUGCUGCAUGGGUUUGAUUGUCUUUGUCUGGUUAUACAAUAUUGUUUUAAUUCCCAAAAUUGUCCUCUUUCCUCACUAUGAAGAAGGACAUAUUCCAGGCAUAUUAAUAAUAAUAUUCUAUGGCAUUGCCAUAUUUUGUCUGGUUGCUUUAGUGAGGGCCUCAUUUACUGAUCCUGGAAGACUCCCUGAGAACCCUAAGAUUCCACAUGGAGAACGGGAGUUCUGGGAAUUAUGUAACAAAUGUAAUUUGAUGAGACCAAAGCGUUCCCAUCACUGUAGCCGCUGCGGCCACUGUGUUAGGAGAAUGGAUCAUCACUGUCCAUGGAUUAACAAUUGUGUUGGUGAAGAUAAUCAUUGGCUUUUUCUGCAGUUGUGUUUCUACACGGAACUUCUUACUUCCUACGCUCUGAUGUUUUCUUUCUGCCACUAUUAUUACUUUCUUCCAGUAAAAAAGCAUAACUUGGACCUCUUUGUUUUUAGACAUGAAUUGGCCAUAAUGAGACUAGCUGCCUUUAUGGGCAUUACUAUGUUAGUUGGGAUAACGGGACUUUUUUAUACUCAACUAAUUGGCAUCAUCACAGAUACAACAUCUAUUGAAAAGAUGUCUAACUGUUGUGAAGAAAUAUCGAGGCCCCGAAAGCCAUGGCAGCAGACCUUCUCAGAAGUUUUUGGCACUCGUUGGAAGAUCCUGUGGUUUAUUCCUUUCAGGCAGAGGCAACCACUGCGAGUUCCCUACCACUUUGCCAAUCACGUCUAAACAGAUGGAUGGUGGGCACAGAUGGGUCCUCCAUGCUGGAAAUGCGUUACAGGUUUUCUGAUAAUAGAACUAUGACAGUCUUCAAGUGAAUUAAAAUCCACCCACCAAUCUUAGGCAUCAUAAUGUGCCCCAGGCUUUAUUUUAAUAGUGAUCUUGAUCCUGUUGUGGGACUAAUACGAGAUCUAUAUUUAAGUUUUAAAGCAUGUUUACUUUCAAAUUAGCUUUCCACGGGGAUUUCUUUAAAUGCUUUUGUGAUUAGACCCCAAAGGCAGUGAUUGAGAUGAAAUAAUUGUACAUAAUUUUUUUUAGUACUGACAAUGUUACGAUUUUAGUUCAUGGGAAAUUUCAGAUGUUUAUUUAAAUUGUUCACUCUUAAGCAGUACUAACCAAAUCUGAAUUUCAUUCUUUGGGUUUACAAAAGUUGAUACACCUUAUAUUAUAUGUAAGUUUUAUUUUUCAAAUACAUCAUAAUUUAAAUAGCAAUACUGCCUUUUAUAUGAGCUGCAGGGUUUUUUUUUAAUGCAGCAUAAAUUGAACAACAAUGAAAAACCAAAAAAAAA